AUGCCGGGUUUCAGUAGCAGCGCGGGCACGUUCAAAAUAUUCAUCGGCAAUCUGACGGAGAACACGGCCGUCGGCGACCUGCGACCGCUGUUCGAAAAGUACGGCAAAGUGGUCGAGUGCGACGUGGUGAAGAACUACGGCUUCGUGCACAUGGAAAACGAGACGGAGGGCCGCGAGGCGAUCGGCCACUUGAACGGUCACGUGCUCAACGACCAGCCGAUGAAGUGCGAGGCGGCGAAGAGCCGCAAGGCGCCGCAAACGCCGACCACGAAGAUAUUCGUCGGGAAUUUGACGGACAACACGAAGGCGCCGCAGAUUCGCGAGCUGUUCAAAAAGUAUGGCACCGUCGUCGAGGCCGAUAUCGUCCGCAACUACGGGUUCGUGCACCUGGAGUCGUCGGGGGACGUGAACGACGCCAUCAAAGAGCUGAACGGCAUGGUGGUGGACGGGCAGCCGAUGAAGGUGCAAGUGUCGACGUCGCGCGUCCGUCAGCGACCCGGCAUGGGCGACCCCGAGCAGUGUUACCGGUGCGGACGGGGUGGCCACUGGUCGAAAGAGUGCCCGAAGGGGGCGGGUGGGCCGGCUGACCGGUUCCGCGACCGCGCCGCCAUGUUCGGCAGGGAUCCGUACCCGCCGCCGCCUCCGCCGCCGUUCCUUCGGGACCGCAUGAUGGGCCGAUUCUCGGAUGGCUACGACGGCUACUAUGACCGCCGCUUCGACGACUCGCGCGACCUCUACGAGCGCCGCUAUUCGGCCGCCCCGCCAGGCGCCCGCGAGCUGGGCAUGCGCGGCGGCGCGCGCGACUUUUUGCCGCCCCCACUGCCGCCGCGCCGCGAGCCGCUGCCCCCGAUGCCGUCCAUCGGGCUGAGGGGCGGGCCGUCGGGCGGCCUAGGCAGCGGCGGGCUGCGCGAGGCAGGCUAUUCGAGGAGCGGCGGCUCGAGCGACUACGGCAUGUUUAGUAGGCGGUCACCGCCGCCGCCGCCAUCGGCGGGAUUGUCGAGUAUGAGCAGGAGCAGGCUGUACGAGGAUUUCAGCAGGGAUUCGUUCGAGGAUAGGAGGCCUGGUAUGAGAGGACCAUCUCCAUCAAGAAGAUAUGCACCCUAUUAA